UGAUUUCUGGGUAAAGUGCGUCCCGGUAUACGCCCAUAUUCUCGUAAAGGAGGCCAUCCAGAACAGCUAGGCCCGGAUGCUGCUGGAUCAAAUGGAAAGUUCAAUUGAUUAAUUUGUUCGUUUUUUUCUCUUUCGCACCACGCUUUUAUGACCCAGUGGACCGACAUAAAUGCAGACGUUUCGGUGUGAUAUAGGAAAUGCAGGUAUUGUGUAAAACGAGGGGACUAUCAGCUUGACUUUUUACGGAGGCUACUUCUUCGGACGCGGAACUCCACUCGCUUAAAGGUGAAUUAUGACAGAAUAUAAGCUGGUAGUGGUGGGAGCUGGUGGCGUUGGCAAGAGUGCCCUGACUAUUCAGCUCAUCCAGAAUCACUUUGUAGAUGAAUAUGAUCCUACAAUUGAGGACUCCUACAGAAAACAGGUAGUAAUUGACGGAGAGACGUGUCUGUUGGACAUCCUGGACACUGCAGGUCAGGAGGAGUACAGCGCCAUGAGGGACCAGUAUAUGAGGACAGGCGAGGGUUUCCUCUGUGUCUUUGCCAUUAAUAACACCAAGUCCUUUGAAGACAUUCACCACUAUAGAGAACAGAUAAAGAGAGUUAAAGACUCUGAGGAUGUCCCCAUGGUGUUGGUGGGAAACAAGUGUGACCUCCCGUCCCGGACAGUGGACACCAAGCAGGCUCAGGACUUAGCACGGAGCUAUGGAAUUCCCUUUAUCGAGACCUCAGCCAAAACCAGACAGAGAGUGGAAGAUGCCUUUUACACUCUGGUACGGGAGAUCAGGCUGUACCGGCUCAAUAAGAUGAGCAAGGAAGAAAAGACUCCACGGUGUGUCAAGCUUAAAAACUGUGUUGUGAUGUGAAAGGGGGCGUCGAUGACGCCUUUUACACAUUAGUGAGAGAAAUCCGGAAGCAUAAGGAGAAGAUGAGCAAGGAAGGCAAGAAGAAGAAAAAGAAGACCAAGACAAAGUGCACACUUAUGUGAAUAAUUGUCCCUUUUUAAAAUAGAUAAAAAAAGAACCUAUGUUGAACAGUUAGCUGAUACAUUUUGUACAUUACACUAAAUUAUUAGCUCCUUCUUAAUAUCCACAAUACUGAAUACUAAACCUGACCUGAUUUUUCUGCCUUUGUGUUAUUUGUUACUUUGACACCAAUAAGCUUUAUAAUCAGUUUAGUGCCAGCCGCCCAACAUGUUGGUCCAGCCAGUUUAAUUUUUUUUUAAUAGGGAUAUAAUCAUUUGAAUAAUUUUAUAUACAGUAACUGUGGAAGCUGCGAGCUAAUAAAUAUGUCCUAUUUGACGUGUUUUCAUAUUGAACUGUAAAGAGUUUUUUUUUCUCUCCUUUACUUUAAAGGGCCACCUUGCAAAUUUUUUUUGUAAGUGCCCUUUAAGGAUGCCAAAACAAAAGUUCCUUCCUGAUUCUCGUAGACAAAACAGGCAUGAGGAAAGGAAAAAGACUCGGCCAGACAAGAUCCAUAUGUUCACUGUCAUGCAUGCAGACCUUAUUUUUUUUUCCUCAAUGUUAAACAUCCUAAUUAACUCUUAAUUAAUUGUCAAAUUGUCACUGCUUUGUACCAUGCAGGGAGUGAGGUUUUGCUUGUAUGAAAAUUUAUAUAUAUAUAUAUUUUUUUUUCUUUGCAUGCACUUUUCCUCCCAGGCCCUGGUAUUCCAAUACCUCCCAGUUGAUUUGGUUCCUAGAGCAAGAAAUGUGAGAACCUGAAUCCAAAUCUAGUUUUUAAACAAUAAUACUAAUAAUUAACGAGUGCUCUUCUAAACUAGUAAUCGGGUUAUUGGUAAAUACACGGAAAGCAAGGUCAAACGAUGUUUUUCCUAUUAACAUGUUAAGUAUUUUCUGUUUUUUUUCCACCCUAACAAUAUUCAGAAUUUAGUUUUCAAACACAAUAAUGUAAUUGGCAUUUUUUAAAAAUAAUAACAAAUACAGCACAUGGCUGCCAACAAAAGAGUGUGAUUUAACAGUGUUUAUUACCAUAUUUUUGGGGGGAAUUUAUUACUUUCCCGUAGCUGUCCAGAAGAGCUACGCACCUUGCAUGUUUUGUUGUUGAUUUGUUAUUGCUCGAGAUUGGCCCUUAAAGCAAAAAUCAGGAAUCUGAUUUUUAUUGUUGUGCCCCAGUGAAUCCUUAUGUUUGAUGCAUUCUUCUGUCUGCAGUAAUGUGGAACUCUUUUCUGUUGCCUACAGCCUUUCAUGGAAAUGCCCAGCAGAAAAGGUUCCAAUGUUUUUCUGCAGAGCUCAUGUAUCAUGGUGAUGUAACGGAAAAUGAUUUUUGUAAAUGAGGCAAUAAAUGCCAUAGAAUUGUGUUGGUUUUUUUUGAUUGUUUGGAUUUUUUUUUCUUUUUUAGAGGACGUUGUCUGCUCUUAUAUUAAAAAAAAAAAGUCCUACUUUUUUUCAGGGUCAAUAAAUGUUCAAUCAUUAUCUCCACAUUUGCAGUCUUUACACCGUUUUUUUUUCAUCAUUUUGAAAUUGGUGCUUCAAUGUGGUAGAAAAAGCAGAGACAACAUUUCUAGUGUAUGCUCAUAAAAAAAAACACUCGGAGAAAAAAAUGAUGGAGAGUGAUGGAAAACGACCUACUUUAUUUUUUACUUCAUAAAGUAAUCCAUGACUCUUGAUGCAGUUUUAACUGAGAAAACCUGUAUAAAUAUUUUCAAUUUUACUGAAGGAUGAAAUUUUCUUUUAUCACGUGCCAACAGCUGACCGGAACUGUAUCAUUUAUACCUGGGUCGAAUCUUAACGACCUCUGUGUAGUUGUGAAACUGAAAGGUGCGUGUUUUGUAACUUGUGCUUCAUUUUGUCGGUGUGUCCAGAUGAAUGUUGCUUCACUGGAGGUUCACUCUAGUCUGUCUGUGACUCGGUCAAGGGGUAGGGAAGUGAGUGAAGGACCACUUUACAACACAGCUGCUGUGGGCAGUGUGCAGUGGUACUUGGAUCUUAAAUUAGUCUGUUUUUUGUUUGUUUUUUUGCCAUGAGUCUCACCACUCCUAUUUAAUGUGUAAUAAAGAAGAAAGUAAAGAGGAA